CUGUCAUCUUCUUUGCGUUCGCAUCUCAGAAAGCACGCUGUUCUCGUUCGUCGGCUGUUGUAAACAUUCUCCCUCCCACAGCCAGCACAGCAAAGCGGUAGUGAAACAGAUUUUUUUUCGAGUGGAUUUUCCAGCGAAUUUUCAAUUUAAAAAGUGCAAAACUUGUGAUUUUAUUCUCAACGACGAUGGGCAAAAGGCGUGGUAACAAUAAGCAAAAUCCGUUUGCCAAGAAAAAGCGCGAUCUACGAGAGAAGGAGUCGGAACCGGCCCGGCGGGAGAAACCAUACGAUGACAUUGUCCGCGCCAAUGAAUCGUUCGAGACCUACUACAAACACCAGAACAUCUGCAAACCGGAGGAAUGGGAUGAAUUCAUGGGAAAGCUGCGUGCCAAUUUGCCGGUCACUUUCAGAAUCACCGGUUCCAAGAGUCAGGCCCGUGCCCUGCUGAAGAUCAUAAAGGAUACGUUUUUCUCGGAGUAUUACCGGGCGGUGGCUGAGUUCAGGGAGAACGGCGAAGACGUUCCGGAGCCGCAGUGUUUGGGAUGGUAUCCCAACGAGUUUGCCUGGCAGUUGGAUCUUUCCCGGAAGGACAUUCGGCGUUCGGAGCCCUUGUACAAAUUGCACAACUUUUUGAUUGCGGAAACGAGCUCCGGGAAUAUCAGCAGACAGGAAGCCGUUUCGAUGAUACCGCCACUGGUGCUGGGAGUUGAGCCUCAGCACAAGGUGUUGGAUAUGUGUGCCGCUCCGGGAUCGAAAACGGCUCAGUUGAUCGAAGCUUUGCAUGCUGGCGGGGAAAAUCUUCCAACGGGAUUCGUCAUGGCCAAUGAUAUCGAUAAUAACCGGUGCUAUAUGCUGGUUCACCAAGCUAAGAGAUUGAGCUCGCCUUGCUGCGUGGUGACCAAUGCGGACAGUUCCAAUUUCCCCAACCUAAAGCUCAAAACCGAAUCCGGGGAAAUGCAAACACUGAAGUACGAUCGUAUCCUGUGUGACGUUCCGUGCUCGGGUGAUGGAACCAUGCGUAAGAAUCCGGACAUCUGGACCAAAUGGAACCUUCAGCAUGCAUGCAACUUGCACGGAUUGCAAUAUCGCAUUGUAAGGAGAGGCGCAGAGUUGUUGGAAGUCGGUGGAAAGUUGGUAUAUUCCACAUGUUCUCUGAAUCCCAUCGAGAACGAAGCCGUACUCCAUUAUCUUCUCACACAAACGGGAGAUGCCAUGGAAAUUGUGGAUGCCAGUCAUUUACUGCCAUCGUUGAAACACAACCCCGGCAUCACCUACUGGGAACCGGCCACCAAGGACAUGAAGUUCUAUAAGACUUUCGACGAAGUACCGCAAAUGUAUCACACCAUCAUUCGUCCGCAGAUGUUCCCUCCAGCUCCGGAGGACGUGGCCAAGUUCAAUCUGGAGAAGUGCAUCCGAGUGAUGCCACACCAGCAGAACACCGGAGGUUUCUUCAUCGCCCUGUUGGAGAAGAAGAAACCACUUCCAUGGGAAACGAGUGAGGCAGAGACCACGAAAGAAGCGGAUGCCAAGAAACAGGACGAUGAGGAGCCAGCCCGCAAGAAGCCUAGGUACCGCAGAGGCUUCAAGGAGGAUCCGUUCGUGUUCUUCGAUGGGCAGGAGGAUAUUUUCGAUUCCAUCAAGGAUUUCUACAAACUGAACGAUGCCUUUGAACCGAAGAACCUGUUAACCCGUUGCAAGGAGGGCAAAAAGAAGAACAUCUACUUCUGUUCGGAGAUCCUCCGGCACGUCAUCACCAACAACGAGGAACGGAUCAAGUUCAUCAAUCUGGGCGUGAAGUCGUUUGCCCGAUGCGACAAUCGCAACAUGGAAUGUGACUUCCGGUUGGCACAGGAAGGUCUUCCAAGUGUAAUCGGUUUCCUCGGCCCAGACCGACAGCUGUCCAUCGGCAGGGACGAUCUGGUACGAUUGUUGUCGAACAAUGAUCCGACGAGGCCGCCGGAAAUUAGCACCCUGUCGGAAGAGACGCAGAACAGUGUGCAGAAGCUGGGCCCGGGAAGUUGCGUGCUGAAGUAUGACGAAGACGAUCUGCAGCUGGACAUCGUUGGCUGGCGUGGAACGAAAAGUUUGAGGGCGUACGUCGAUCAGCACGAUACCGUGCACAUGCUGCGACUGCUGGGUGCCGAUGUAUCCAAAUAUGAGAAAAACAAAUUUGAGGCCAAGAAGGAAGCAGAAGCGGAGAAGGAAACGAACAAAGAUGAAGCGGACGACGAUGUAACGGAAGAUGUAACGCAGGCCGAAGAGAACGGAGAAAAGGCGGUUGUUGCAGAAGUAAAAGAAGAAAGUAAGGACACAGAAGCAGUGAAAGAAGAGGCGAAAGAAGAAAGUAAAGAUGCAGCAGCAGUAACUGAUGAAGUGAAAGAAGAAAGUAAGGAUGAAGAUGUUAAGAUGGAAAGUGAGAACGAUGUAAAGGUGGAAUCGAGUUGAAACAUCGUCAAGCGAACGUAGCUUGCUCCAAGCAAGUGUUAUUAUGUAACAUUACCACUAAAUGUUGAAUAAACAUGAACGAUUUGAAUUCCUGUUCGCAAAAUGA